GUGAAGCACGUGGCUAGUGAAUGAGAUCAGCUGUUGUUCCAAGUCUUCCAAAGCAAGAGAUCAGGGAGAACAGAUUAUUGUAUGCAGACUAGUUUGCAAAUAUGGAUACUGCUGGGAAAAUUAUAAAAUGCAAGGCUGCAGUUGCUUGGGAAGUAGGCAAGCCACUUUCUAUUGAAGAGGUAGAAGUUGCUCCACCAAAGUCUCAUGAAGUUCGUGUGAAGAUAAUAGCCACAGGGAUAUGUGGAACAGAUGACCAUGUUCUGACAGGGUCUUUCCCUAAAGUCAGUUACCCGGUUAUUCCAGGCCAUGAAGGAGCUGGAAUUGUGGAGAGUGUUGGCGAAGGAGUGACUUGCCUGAACCCAGGAGACAGAGUCAUUCCACUUUGUUUGCCUCAGUGUGGAGACUGUAAUUCAUGUUUAAAAUCUAAUACCAACUGUUGCCUGAAAACCCACCUCUGUGAACCUCAAAACCUGAUGCCAGACAAAACCAGCCGAUUUACAUGCAAAGGGAAGCAAAUCCACCACUUUCUUUGGAUCAGCACUUUCUCAGAAUAUACGGUCAUGCCUGACUCUACUGUUGUUAAAAUUGAUGCUGCUGCCCCACUGGAUAAAGUCUGUCUCUUUGGUUGUGGGUUUUCCACCGGUUAUGGGGCUGCCCUCAAUACAGCUCAGGUCACACCUGGCUCCACCUGUGCCAUCUUUGGUUUGGGAGGAGUGGGUCUUUCUGCGGUCAUGGGUUGCAAAGCAGCCGAAGCUUCUCGGAUCAUUGGGAUUGACAUUAACAAAGAAAAAUUUCUAAAGGCAAAAGAACUGGGAGCCACAGAGUGCCUUGACCCUCAGGAUUACAAGAAGCCCAUUCAGGAGGUGCUGAUUGAAAUGACUGGUCACGGUGUUGACUAUGCAUUUGAGGUCGUUGGAUGUUUGGAUACAUUGACUGCUGCUCUGGCAUCUUGUCACCUGGGUUGUGGUGUCUGCGUGAUGGUUGGUGUGCCUCCUUUAGGCUCUCAACUCUCCUUCGAUCCUAUGCUGCUUUUUACAGGACGUACCUUGAAAGGAUGUUUCAUUGGAGGUUGGAAGAUGAAAGAUUCUAUUCCUCAACUGGUGUCCAGUUACAUGGCGAAGAAAUUUAACUCUGAUGCUUUAAUAACCCACACUUUGCCAUUCAGCCAAAUCAGCGAAGGUUUCCGUUUGCUUCAUGCUGGGAAAAGUAUUCGUAUUGUCCUAGUGUUUUAAACUCCUAAUUCAAUGAAGCAACUCUGCCGACAACUUCUAAUCAAGAAUUCUAUCUUUUCUAAGUGUAAAGUGCUGCUUAAAUAACUUGGAUUUUCUGCCCCCCUCCCAGUUAUUGUUGAGAAAGUUGUAUAAACAGUAUGUGGAAAGCUGGUUUUAUUUAGUUUCAGAUACUUAGAAAUUCCCAUGUCAUGCUCUUGGUUCUAAGAGUGCAAAGUAGAAUUUCUGGGUAAUAAGUGAAUAAAACCAGUUAAUGAAAAGCUGUAGUCAAUGCAGUCCAGAAAAGUUUCCAGGCUUUAGAUGUGAAUACAUGCUUACUAGAGAUGUAAACACUAUUUAUCCCUUUUCUCAUCCUCAACAUGAAAAGAUAUCUCAAAAUAUCAGGAUGUCUCUGUAACCACGGUAACAUUUUUUUGCCCAUGGAACAAAUGAAAAGAAAAAGAAUGUUUUGUUCUUGCAAGAGCAAAAUAAAAGUUGGCUUUCUGCACA